ACAGGGAAACUACUUUCCUGAUUAAAAGAGAAGACUGAAGAAGAGCCAGCCGAUCUUCAAAGGGAGUUGAAAAAGUAAUGUCGGAUUCAUCCGAAUAAAGGUAAUAGAUAAACAAACAAACAAAAGAAGCUUAGUUGAGAGAGUAUACACAAGUUAAAUAUUGGUAUUACAAAGGUGUAAAACCAUUCUCUUCUUCUUGUCUGAGACUGAGAGAGAGAGAGUGAUACAGAAAAAAGAAGAAGGUAAAGUGAGAAGAAAAAUGGUAGGAAGAAACAUCAAAUGGCUCUUCUUUUCAGUGAUGUAUUUGGUGGUGAUGAUUAAUCAUCAUUCAGCUCAAGCAGAAGAUGGAUUACUAAAAAAUGGUGACUUUGAAACACCUCCAACAGGUGGGUUCUCGAAUGAGGGUGUGGUAGAUGGUACAGAAUACAUCCCUGAGUGGAAAACAAGCGGAACAGUGGAGCUGGUUGAAUCAGGACAGAAGCAAGGUGGAAUGAUCCUCAUAGUACCUCAAGGUUUACAUGCUGUACGGCUUGGAAAUGAUGCCCAGAUAAGCCAGAAUCUCAAGCUUGAGAAGGGGUCGUUGUAUUCAAUCACCUUCAGUGCUGCAAGAACAUGCGCUCAGUUGGAAAGUCUCAAUAUAUCUGUUCCUCCUGCUUCACAGAGCAUUGAUCUACAGACCCUUUACAAUGUGCAGGGCUGGGAUUUUUAUUCAGUGGCAUUUCAGGCUGAUUCGGAUGAUUCACGUGUAGUAUUUCAGAAUCCAGGCAUGGAAGAUGACCCUACUUGUGGUCCCAUCAUUGAUGACAUUGCCAUAAAGAAGCUUUUUACACCUGAAAAACCCAAAGACAAUGCUGUGAUCAACGGUGACUUUGAAGAAGGGCCUUGGGUGUUUAGAAAUACUUCAUUGGGCGUUUUGCUCCCUACUCACCUCGACGAAGAGACAACAACAUUACCAGGUUGGAUCAUCGAAUCCAACAGGGCUGUCAGAUACAUCGAUUCCUAUCACUUUGAUGUUCCACAAGGAAAGCGAGCCAUCGAAUUGUUAUCGGGAAAGGAAGGUAUCAUCUCCCAGAUGGUGGAGACCAAACCUGAUAAAAAGUAUAGUCUUACUUUUGCCAUAGGACAUGCUGGAGACUCAUGUCAGCAGCAACCAUUGGCAAUAAUGGCCUUUGCAGGAGACCAAGUCGCUAACAUACAUUACAUGCCUGGAGCGAACAAAACUUUUGAUACUGCAAAUGUUACAUUCACAGCCAAGGCUGAAAGAUCUCGGAUAGCAUUUUACAGUGUUUAUUAUAAUCAAAGAAGUGAUGAUAAGAGCUCCCUGUGUGGACCAGUGGUGGAUGACGUGAAGGUGUGGGACUUUUCUAAAUCUAGCACAUCAAGAAUUUUAUCCGGCAGGUUGAGUCAUUUGGCGCUUAUGUUUUUGUUUGUUUUAUCAGUUUUUGUUUACUAAGGUAUCCUUCAUAUACUUUCAUGGCAUGAUGAGGUGGGCAAAUGUCCCUUCCUCCAGUUCAAGUAUGAAUUUGUAUGCCAUUGCAGAUUAAUCAGGAUCAGGCGGUCACUUGAGACAUAUAGAUAUGCACAUGUAGUUUUCUCAUCAAGUCUUUGAAUGCCUGUACUAAGUUUAGUUUUCUUGGUAAUAUGUUACUUUCUGGUUUUCAGCUGAAUCUGUACUUAGUAGUUGUAUGUGUAGUAGAUAUCUAUAACUUUUUUCCAAGGUGUACGUUCAUAUU